AUGGGCAGUAGCCAGUCAGUCCGCGCUACGCAUUUCCAGAGACCACCAAAUCCUAUCCCUCCACCACCCCCUGAAGAUGAAACUGAUGAUCACCAUAUUAGCAUAUCGAAUAAAAUGGUAGAACGAUUAGUAGAAGAUGCAAAUCUAACGGGAACAACAAAUAAUACGUCUCCAAAUUCAACCUUCGGCGACUUCAAAGAGAAGAUUUACAUGGAGAAACUCAAAUGUUUGGACGAUACUCACUCGGAACGACUUGGACUAACCGUGGACGAAGUUAAAGCACUAACGAAUCGUAUAGAAAUGAGAACAGCGAACAUGGUUAGCGUAGAACCAGUGUGUGCCGAGUGUAAGCAGUUAGUCAUAGAUUGCUACAAUAGUGCCGACUCACCAUCAGACGUCGUCAAGUGUUGGGAUGCUGUGGGUGCAUUCAGUCAAUGCGUACAAGACGCGGGCGCAGAUCGUUUGCGCGCGCGCACAGAACGCGACGCACGCGAUCAGGAACGCCGUUCGCGUCAUGUGGCUCGUGCGCGGGUGCACGCGUUAAAGGAACUAUCUGGUGCACACGGGGAUUCCCCAACUUACGAGAGAUAA